UUUGAAAACUUGCCUUGCACUUGAAAAGUUUUGAUUUGUACUGGGUUUGCAUUUACAGUUUUUGCUUUCUUCGUAUACCAAUUCGUGCGUGGUUGCUGACCUUACUUAGUUUGGCACGUGUAUUUUUCAACGAAAACUAUCGUAGGAAACCAAGUAUUUUGCAUUUACCAAUCAAAUAAAAUUUGCAUUAAAAAUGGAACAGGAAUCAUUUUAUGGAGAGACGCUGACUGGAGAAGAACCUUUGGCUCAAUUUGAAAUGGAAAAACCACACUCAAACGCGGACGAUCAAAAAUUGGUCAUUAAGCAGAUUUGUCUGGGCGCUGAAGCUAAAGAAGGAGAAUUUAACGUAGUGCAGGUUGAGGUCCGAACAAAUCACAAAGAAACGCUUAAAGUCCCUAUUGCAGUUCUCAAAGCUGGAGAAACCCGCUCUUUACGUCCCAAUGUGGAAUUCCUCAACACUUCAGUUACAUUCAAAUUAAUUCAAGGUACAGGUCCUGUUCAUUUGUAUGGACAAAAUUGGUAUGGUCAAAUCGCGAUGGAAGAGUGCUACGAACCCGGAUGGGGUCCAAAUGACGAAGAAGAAUAUGAUGAUGAAGAGUACGAAGAAGCGUUGCCACCACCACAGACAAACGGCAAAAAUAAAAGGAAAUAAAAAACGUUUACAGAACAACAUAAAUUUAAUACGAAUUCAAAAAUAAAAAUUAAAAGUUAAAAAUUUAUUACAUAAAUUGAUGUAUGUAAUAAACAAACAAACAAAAACUAUUUUUGUACACCUAAGAUAAGGUAAUGACCAUAGUAGGUAAUUCUUAAAAUAAAUAAUUUCCAACAUCCAAAACAAAUGAAA